AUGAGUACGGCGAAGCGAAAGAAAGAGUCUUUUUCGUUAAACAUCGAAGACAAGGAGGACGAAUACGAGGGUAAACAACCACAAAAAAGAAGACGUAAACAUUUUCUAGACAAAGAUUACAACGAAGAAAAAAAUACUCCAAAGAUAGUUCCUGAUAAAGUAACUAAACAGCCUUCUCCUACUAAGGAAAGAAAGAAUUCAAAGGAAAAGUUAGAGGGUGGUACACAACCAAAAACCGAAGAGAGUAAAAAGAAGAAAACAGCAAGAGAUAUAAAUAAAGAUAUGGAAGUGAAAGCAACUUAUUAUGAAGUGUUAGGCAUAUCACGCGAGGCAUCUGUAGAUGAUGUGAAGAAGGCGUAUCGAAAGCAAGCACUUGCCUGGCAUCCCGAUAAAAAUGUUGAUCGUCGUGAAGAGGCUGAAGCAAAAUUCAAAUUAAUUUCGGAAGCUUAUGAAGUGCUAAGUGAUAAUGAAAAGCGAAGAAUUUAUGAUUUAUAUGGAGAAGAUGGACUGAAAAAUGGGGGUAUGGGUAAUGGAUUCGAAACAAAUGGUCAUCAUCCAGGAUUUGGAUUCCAGUUCCACGAUCCAGAGGAAAUAUUUAGACAAUUCUUUAAUGGUCGUGAUCCAUUUCAGAACUUCUUUGGAUCUGGAUCAUCACGAAGUCGUAUUUUCGGUUUUGAUGAUCCGUUCCUUCCCGGACCAUUUGGAUCAUUUGGGGGAACAACUUCAUCGUUUUCGUUUUCUUCGAGCUCAAUGGGUGGAGGUGGUAUUUCAGAAUCGAGAUCAACAACUAUUGUUAAUGGUGUAAAAACAACUACAAUUACAAAACAAGAUUCUCAGGGUAACGUGACAGUUAUUACAGAAUCGAACGGUUCGCGACAAGUUACUGUAAAUGGAGUUCCUCAAAUAGAGAAUGGUACAUCAGGCUAUCGUACAAAUGAAAAUUCAACUAGCGUCAGAGUACCAAUUCAAGAUGGGAGAUUCCAAUAUGCUACGCAGCAACAGCAAUUAUAUGAGGAGGAACAACUUCGACAAGAAGAAUCUGCUCGUCGAGAAAAAACACCUGAUAUGUUAGUUCGGCUCAUAGCACAUAAUGACCAAAUACCUCUAACCCCCGCAAAUCUCACGCGAUUUCACUCCCGAGCACCUCCAAUAAUAUCGAUUGAAGAUUACCUUCGCCGAAUAAUCCGAUACACGUCGGUCGAAAGAGCAUGUCUUCUAAUAAUUCUAAUAUAUAUUGACCGAGUGUGUGAGCGACACAGGACAUUCACAAUUUCUUCUUUGACUGUGCAUCGAUUUAUUAUCGCUGCAAUCACAGUUUCAUCGAAGGCAUUGUGUGAUUCUUAUUGUACGAACUCUCAUUAUGCUCGAGUGGGUGGGAUAACAACACAGGAAUUAAACAAUUUGGAAUUGGAAUUUCUUUCGCUUAUCGAUUGGUAUCUAGUCUGCCCCGGCGAAAUUUUGCAGAAUUAUUAUGUGAAUCUAGUUAAGCAGCAUCCGAGGUAUCGGAGAGCAGUUACUGUGGAACCGGAUCAAUAUGAGAGUGCAUCACCUAUGUUAACUCCAACACGGCUAGACAAUCCUUUUAACAAUACUUUGAUAACGCACGAAAACACUCCGUCAGUAAACACUCCGCCAGUACAAUGA